GUGUCCUCUUGUUGCACAGCCUGAUGUGGAGCGUAAGGGCAUGGCUGCCUGCUCUUUCACGCGCCGCCUCCUGGUUCAGCCUCAGCCUUGUGGCCGUGAGACAUCAUCUUGUCCUUGCGCCUCCUCCUCUUGCUCGCUGCUGAAUACUGGGACGUUGGGUUCAUCAUCUGGUUGAACUGCAAUCACGAUAUGAAUCUUCAACCUGCAGAACGACCUGGUCGAUCACCGCCUCGUUUUACAAUAGACCUUUCUCUCAAUCCCGAAGACCGUUACAAAGCCCUUGCCCGGGAAUACAAGACACAAAUCCAAGGCUUGACCACUCUUUUUGACGAUCUCCUGCAGGAUGUCGGCCUUCCAACCUCUUAUCACGGCUCAAUAAACCGAAUUGCGCGUUUACUUCUUAGACGUGUAAAAUCCCCAAUCGAAACGGCAGAAUUGCGUGGGAUUGCUGAAGUCGCUGGUGUCCCGAUGUACCUACUCGUGUCCUUCAAUACGAUCCUGGAUCUUUUGAUGGGUUGCACCUCUGGGGCCGUCAAGACGCUGGAACAAGGUCAGAGGGGAAGUGAAGCAAAGUUGUUGCAUUUUCGAACCCUUGAUUGGACAAUGGAUCCUCUUCGCUCAGUCGUUGUGCAGCUUGACUUCGUUCGAACCGAAUUGGCAGAUCCGUCUCGAGUGGUUGCGCGCAGCAUCACAUACGUCGGCUUUGUUGGUGUCCUUACAGGUGUUCGUCCGAAUCUGAGUAUAUCCCUGAACUUCCGGGCAGUGCACAAUGCAAACACCAAGCGUGGGCAGUUCAACUUCUACUUUCACCAUCUAUUGGUCCUUCUUGGCUAUCGGCAAUCGAUUUCAAGUAUCUUGAGAAGCUAUACGCUACCUGCAGAUGGUCAAAACGCGCAUGCCAAAGACUUGGCGGAAAUAUCCACAGAGCUGGCACUACGGCAUACGACUGCGGCCUAUCUGGUCUUCUGCGAUGGCCGUUCGGCCAUUGUAAUGGAAAAGGACUACGACAGUGGCCCGAUCCGACAAUCUGACAAUUUUAUUGCGGCCACGAAUAAUGAUGAGGUCGCACAUGAGUCUGUAUCGUACGCAGCAACUCCUGUAGCAACUGAAGUUGCUGCUGGGACUUCACACGUUGCAGCUGGAUUAAAAGAGCUCCUUGAAGAGUCUCGGGAACGUCUCAAUUGUAUCACUUCAAGGUGGAAAUCUUGCGUUCGGAGAGCCCAGCAAGAAUCAAAACGACGAGGAGCGUCUGAUUCCGGUCAAGUCGAGGCUCAUACCACAAUCACACCAGCAGAGACCAUAAACUGGGUAUCGGCAUAUCCUACCACAAACGAACAAACCCAUUAUGCCACCGUCCUAGACCCAACUACUGGUGAGGUUGUAUGGACUCUCGUUUAUCCCAGCCCGUACGAACAGGAAACGUAAACUCAGAGACCGCGAAGGAUGCUUUGUGAUCCAUGUCAACUUUAAAGUUCCGACCUGGCCACACUACGGAUGGAUGUCUUGCACGACGGACUAGUUCGUGGCUGCGUGUGGCUGGAUUGACAUCACAUUCGUGCUGGAGACCCAGGCCGUUCGAUCCCAUAAGCACCCUAAGACAUGGAACGCAGACACGUGUUCGGGCCAGCAUCCAUCUACACAUUGUUUGCACGGAUCUGGGUUUCCCGCUUGUAGCAGGAUGUUUGAUGCAUUU